UGCAAGUGUGGCCACACAGCGUGGGUCGUGUGUCAAAAACUUUCUGUGACAUGCUGGACCCAAAGCCUGCUGAGUACUGACCACUGCUGAGAUGAACUCAGGCAGCGAGAGGACGUUGCCUAUUGACCGUGGCUGGGCCUGGGUCAUUUGUUUUGCUGGGUUCAUCAUCCACUUCAUGUUCGGCAGUGCCGGCCAGACCCACGCCAUCCUACUGGGAGAGUUGAUCGAGAAGUUCUCGACCACCAUCACAACCAUCUCCUUCAUCUUCACUGGCGGGAUCCUGACCUUCAGCAUUGUCUCUGUUGUUUCGGCAUCGUUUCUUCUCCCGAGGAUCGGCGAGAGAUGGUGUCUCAUUUUAGGGGGCCUGUCGUGCACCCUGGUGUCCAUAGGUCAAGGUCAUACGACCCACGUGGGUGUCAUGAUCGCUCUUGAAUGCUGCAGAGGAUUAUGUCACGGCAUCAUCUUCGUGCCGUCCAUCUGUCUGAUCAGGAAAUAUUUCGACAAGCGCCGUUCUACCGCCAGCGUCAUCGUCUUCUGUGGGGGGUGCUUCGCCUCUAUCGUCGGCCCUUUCAUCAUCAGGGCCAUCAAGAAGGAAUACGGGAUCGCUGGGACAUACACACUGUUGGGCGCACUAGAGCUGCACUUUGUUCUGGCCGGGCUCCUGCUUCGUCCUGUCACUUUCUACAAGCAACCUGUAGAGGUACUGAACGUGGACAUGGAUGUGAUCCCCGCAGACCUGGAAUCUCAGACUAUAGCGCUACCUGAACACCAGGUGGAGAAACCGUUGUCUAAUGGCACCGAGACGAAUGGACAAACCAAGUUCCUGGACACCCCAGGUAGACUGCUGAGGUCACGUAGUGUGGAGGAGCAGACGAGUAGGCCGUUUCUUAGGACGAGAACCUUCUCUGUAGAGUCUGAGGGGGAGGUGGACAGCAAGCCCAACAUGAUGCUGGGCAGCGUCCUGUCACUGACCAGUGAGCUAGGAGCUGCCCUACAGAACGUCAGCGCUGACUCUCGACCAGCGGCGUCACCACUGGCCAGCAGGGGCGGGGCUAGCCGGACCGCAGCACUGGCCAAGUUCUACUACGACGCCUGCCUCAACCUGUGGGGGUUCCGUGUGGCCCUGCUGGCCAUCAUCCCAGGCACGGCCAACGUCUACAUGGCCAUCUACCUGCCCAUGGUGCUCAACAGUCUGGGCGCAUCGCUUGAUGACGUGUCAAUCCUGCUGACCAUCGUAGGGGUCACUGACCUUCUGAGUCGUCUGGUCAUGGGGUUUAUUGCGGACACGCAUGUGUUGUCGUCUACAGUCAUGUUGAUCAUCUCACAGAUCUUCUUUGCCAUCCUCUGCCAGCUUGUAUGGCUGUUUACGACCUUCGAGACGCUGAUUGUCUUGGUGCUACUGCUGGGUCUGGUCAUCGGUUCCAGAAUCUCGCUGCUGUCGCUGGUGGUCAUUGAGGUGGUGGGGGUGGAGAAGAUGCCGCAGGCGUUCAGCUUUAUAUCCAUGGUGUCCACUGUGGCAGCUGCAGCCGUUAAUCCAGCUUUAGGUGCCGUGACGGAGGCGACCGGCUCCUUCAUCGUGUCGCUCCACAUAGUCGGGGGGUGCUACUUCCUGGGUGGGGCGCUCUUCACGGUCGUGCCACGUCUGGUUAGGAUGGACAUCAAGCACGGCAGACGAUCAUGACCCUGAUCUAUAGCAGGCGACCAUGACCCUGAUCUAUAGCAGACGACCAUGACCUUGAUUGUGUCCAUGACCUUGAAAGUAUAGCAGACGACCAUGACCCUUACGAUAUAGCAGACGACCAUGACCCUGACGGUUUUGAAAACGACCUUGACACUGAUAAACUUGUGUUCAAUGUGAAAUUUAAAAUUCUCGAAAUGUUUAUAUUUUAAUUGCUCUGAAUGUUUAUAUUUUAAUUGCUCUUAAUAUUUUUAUUCAAACUCAUGAAAUUCUUUUACUUGUUCUAAAUAUCAAUAUUUGAAUUGCUCAGAAUUUUAUAUUUUUAAUUACUCUAUAAAUAUUUAAAAUGCUCUAAAUAUUAACAUUUGAAUUGCUCAAAAUUUUUAUAUUUUAAUUAUUAAUUAAAUAUUUUAAAUAAUCUAAAUAUUUAUAUUGUAAAUGCUCUAAAUAUAAAAUUUUAAUUGCUCCAAAUUUAGUAUAUUUUAAUUUAUCUAAAUUUGUAAAUUUAAUUAUUUUUAAAAAACUUUUCAUUCUAAAAAUUUCUCUUGCCCCGUUUUCAUCGGGUUAAAAUUUGGCUAAUUUACGUUCCUACCUCCAAUGUGCGAGAUAGUAUUCUUGCCUGUGUUGGUGUGUGUUGGUGUGUGUGUGUGUGUGUGUGUUUAUGUGUGGGUAUGAGGACCUGGUGGAUGUUGUAUGAUACCCAAGUGUAGAGGGCGUGUGGUCAUUAUGAAUAGUGUCAACGUAUAUGUAUAUGUAUUUAAGCUCAAUAAAUGUGUUCAUUUGUAUGUAUGUGAGUGUGAAAUAAAAUAUUGUUUUAACUGAUA